CGCAGCCGCCCGCCCCAGCCGGGCUCAUCAGGCGCGCGCUCCUGCCGGAGAGGGGAGGAGAAGGGAGCGCAGCGGCAGCUGUGACUGUAUCGUCUCCAGCCACAGCCGGCGGCGGAUGUGCCAAGCAGCAGCCGCUGCCCCGGAACGCGGCUGCUGAGCCUGGCAGAGCCCCGGAGGAGGGGGGGACGCCACAGACUGAGCCAGAGACUUUGCCUCCCUAGAAGAGGCGGUGGAUGUGGAGCCAGCCGCUCCCCUCGCAGCCGCCGCCGCCACCAGGCAGUUGUCCCACGGCAGUACCACAACACAAAGCGAAGGAUGCUGCAGCUGGGCAAGGUCAGGACCUUGCACUGAAGCCCGGGGGCGCCGCACACACCUUCCCCACCGGAUUGAGGAUUUGCCUUUUAUUUGCUGUGUAUGCCUGGGAAAAAGCAGGCAGGGUCGACGCCGUUCGGUCACCAUUACGUGAUUUUUAUACAGCUGUUGCCACUUUGAGAAUAGUUUCCAUGGUAGUCCUGCAUGGAUACACUAGAGAGAGAAGAGGGAACAGGAGCUAUGCCUGUGCCAGACCAGCCCUCAUCUUCUGACAAGACAAGUUCCCUUAGCCCUGUGCUGAAUACAUCCAAUGGGGAUGGUUCUGAAACAGAGACAACCUCUGCUAUUCUAGCUUCAGUUAAGGAACAGGAGCUGCAGUUUGAGAGACUGACUCGAGAACUUGAGGCUGAACGCCAGAUUGUAGCCAGCCAACUGGAGAGAUGUAAGCUUGGAUCAGAGACUGGAAGCAUGAGCAGCAUUAGUUCAACAGAAGAGCAGUUUCAUUGGCAAACGCAAGACGGUCAGAAGGAUAUAGAGGAUGAGCUCACAACUGGUCUCGAGCUGGUGGACUCCUGUAUUAGAUCACUGCAGGAGUCAGGAAUACUUGAUCCACAGGACUAUUCAACUACUGAAAGGCCCAGCCUUCUAUCCCAGAGUGCACUUCAGCUCAAUUCCAAACCUGAAGGGUCUUUCCAGUAUUCAGCGAGCUACCAUAGCAACCAGACCCUUGCCCUGGGUGAAACAGCAACAUCACAGCUCCCAUCCCGCAGCAGUCAAGCCAGAGCUGCCAUUCAGAGCUACAGCCAGGGCACAACUAGUCGAGCAGCCCAUUUAGCUGGAUCUGAACCUUCUCAGUCAAGAGAGUCCUUUGUGCCAAGCCAUGGGAGCGCGUUCCAUUUGCCUGAUUCCCAGCAUUCUUCUACACUUUAUUACUCCAGCUCCACUCUGCCAGCCCAGAGAGUGAGCUCCCCGCUGUCCAUGCAGCAGGUGGGCUCUCCAACCAAGCUCCAGCGGGUGGGUUCAGCAUCGGAGAGCGCUGGAUACAGCACCACGCAGCGGGUCUCUUCUCCCAAGCAGUCUCCAAGCCGGCUAGCCAAGUCUUACAGCACCAGCUCACCAAUCAAUAUUGUUGUGUCUUCAGCUGGACUUUCUCCUUCCCCAAUUCGUGUGACGUCUCCACCCACCAUCCAGUCUAAUAUUUCCUCCUCUCCUAUACAUCAGCUAAGCUCCACCAUUGGCACUUAUGCUACUCUGUCUCCUACCAAACGGCUGGUCCACACAUCAGAUCAGUACAGCAAGCAUUCCCAGGAGCUAUAUGCCACUGCUACCCUACAGAGGCCUGGCACCCUAGCAGCUGGGUCUCGGGCAUCUUACAGCAGCCAGCACAGCCACCUUGGCUCUGAAUUAAGGGCACUGCAGUCUCCAGAGCACCAUAUAGAUCCUAUUUACGAAGAUAGAGUGUAUCAGAAGCCCCCUAUGAGGAGUCUCAGCCAGAGUCAGGGGGACCCUCUGCAACCAGCACAUACAGGCACUUACCGCACUAGCACGGCCCCAUCUUCCCCUGGUGUCGACUCCGUACCCUUACAGCGCACAGGCAGUCAGCACGGCACACAGAACGCAACAUCGACCUUCCAGAGGGCCAGCUAUGCUGCAGGCCCAGCCUCCAAUUACGCAGACCCCUACCGACAGCUGCAGUAUUGUCCUUCUGUUGAAUCACCAUACAGCAAAUCUGGGCCAGCCAUCCCACCUGAAGGGACCUUGGCUAGGUCACCUUCCAUUGAUAGCAUUCAGAAAGAUCCCAGAGAGUUUGGAUGGAGAGAUCCAGAACUUCCUGAAGUUAUACAGAUGUUACAGCAUCAGUUCCCUUCAGUACAGUCCAAUGCUGCAGCCUACUUGCAGCAUCUCUGUUUUGGAGACAAUAAAAUAAAAGCAGAGAUAAGAAGACAAGGAGGAAUACAGUUACUGGUGGACCUGUUGGAUCAUCGAAUGACAGAAGUCCACCGUAGUGCCUGUGGAGCUUUGAGAAACUUGGUGUAUGGGAAAGCAAAUGAUGACAACAAAAUUUCUCUGAAAAACUGUGGUGGUAUCCCAGCAUUAGUACGCUUGCUCCGCAAGACUACAGAUUUGGAAAUCAGAGAACUGGUCACAGGAGUUCUCUGGAAUCUAUCCUCGUGUGAUGCACUGAAAAUGCCAAUCAUCCAGGAUGCCCUUGCAGUGUUGACUAAUGCAGUGAUCAUCCCUCACUCGGGAUGGGACAACUCGCCCCUCCAGGAUGAUCACAAAAUACAGCUCCAUUCAUCACAGGUGCUGCGCAAUGCCACUGGGUGCCUAAGGAAUGUCAGCUCUGCUGGAGAGGAGGCCCGCAGAAGAAUGAGGGAGUGUGAUGGACUUACUGAUGCAUUGUUAUACGUGAUUCAGUCUGCUCUUGGGAGCAGUGAAAUUGAUAGCAAGACCGUUGAAAACUGUGUAUGCAUUUUGAGGAACCUCUCAUACAGGCUCGCUGCAGAAACGUCUCAGGGACAACAGAUGGGAACAGAUGAACUUGAUGGGUUACUGUGUGGUGAUGCUAAUGGCAAAGAUACAGAGAGUUCAGGUUGUUGGGGCAAGAAGAAGAAGAAAAAGAAAUCCCAAGAUCAGUGGGAUGGAGUAGGACCUCUUCCAGACUGUGCAGAACCACCAAAAGGAAUCCAGAUGCUGUGGCACCCUUCAAUAGUCAAACCCUACCUCACACUUCUCUCUGAGUGCUCAAAUCCAGACACACUGGAAGGAGCAGCAGGUGCACUGCAGAACUUGGCUGCAGGAAGCUGGAAGUGGUCAGUGUAUAUCCGUGCUGCCGUCCGCAAAGAAAAAGGCCUGCCGAUCCUGGUGGAGCUACUUCGAAUAGACAAUGAUCGGGUGGUAUGUGCAGUUGCUACAGCUUUACGAAACAUGGCCUUAGAUGUCAGAAAUAAGGAGCUAAUAGGCAAGUAUGCCAUGCGGGACCUGGUCCACCGACUUCCAGGAGGUAACAACAGCAACAGCUCAGCAAGCAAGGCCAUGUCGGAUGACACCGUUACUGCCAUUUGCUGCACUCUGCAUGAAGUCAUCACUAAAAACAUGGAGAAUGCCAAGGCCUUACGGGAUGCAGGAGGCAUUGAGAAGCUGGUUGGCAUUUCCAAGAGUAAAGGAGACAAGCACUCACCAAAAGUGGUGAAAGCAGCAUCUCAGGUCCUAAAUAGCAUGUGGCAGUACAGAGACCUGAGAAGUCUCUACAAGAAGCGGGCGGCCCCAGGCUUCAGAGUGGCUGAGGACAGAGGAUUUUCACCUACCCAUCAUUCUGGGUCAUGGCACGCUCAGCGUACUCUCUCGCAGAGCCAAGAAACCAGAAUCUAUUCCCAAACCCAGGAUGGAUGGUCACAGUAUCACUUUGUAGCCUCAUCUUCAACAAUAGAGAGGGAUCGGCAAAGACCAUACUCUUCAUCACGCACGCCCUCCAUCUCUCCAGUGCGCAUGUCUCCUAAUAAUCGCUCAGCAAGUGCCCCUGCCUCACCUCGGGAAAUGAUCAGUCUAAAAGAAAGGAAAACAGACUACGAAUCAACUGGAACAAAUGUCGCUUACCAUGGUAAUAAAGGAGAACACACUUCCAGGAAAGACACCAUGACAGCUCAAAAUGCUGGAAUCUCAACUUUGUACAGGAAUUCUUACGGUGCACCUGCUGAAGAUAUCAAACACAACCAGGUUUCAACACAGCCAGUUCCACAGGAGCCCAGUAGAAAAGAUUAUGAACCGUAUCAGCCGUUUCAGAAUUCGACAAGAAACUAUGAUGAGUCCUUCUUUGAGGAUCAAGUGCAUCAUCGCCCACCUGCAAGCGAAUACAACAUGCAUCUGGGACUAAAAUCCACUGGCAACUACGUCGACUUCUAUUCAGCUGCUCGUCCCUAUAGUGAACUUAACUAUGAAACAAGCCACUAUCCAGCUUCUCCAGAUUCCUGGGUUUGAGGCUUGGGCAAGACACAAAUGCUCCAGGAACUGUGCAUGUGCAUGCAUACCACAAGACAUUUUUUUCCCUGCAAAUUUAGUUUGUUAAAGCCUGUUCCAUAGGAAGGCCCUGAUAACCAGUGUGGGAAAUUUAAGAUAUUUUAGAAGGCUAAAAGAAAUGAAAGUUAAACAUGGAAGUCAUUAGAAUGAUAAAGAUAUAUAUAUAUAUAUUACAGUGUGGGACAACUUUACUGUUGGCCUAUAGAGUCUAAAACAAUGGUGCUGUACACUGAAUGUGGCUGAAGGAAGGAGGGUGAAUAUGACAGUGGAUGUGGGUCAAGAGUUAAGCACAAGACACUAAGCAGUUUACAUACUUUAUGGGGAACAGCUUCUCACACUUUGUUUGAUCUCCUUAUUCAUUGUGAAUCUAGGCUUCAAGUUGCAUUUGGGGUUUCCUCUGUACAGCAAGAUGUUUCUUGCCUUUUGUUAAUGCAUUGUUGUAAAGUAUUUGAUGUACAUUACAGACAAAAAAAACCAAGUGCAUUGUGUAUAUUACACCAAUGCCACAGUGUUUCUUCAUCUAUGGUUCUAAAUAUUGCUUCAAUUUCAAAAUUUUGAAAGAUGUAUGAAUUUCCAGUUUUUUUGUUUUCUUUUCCCCAGUGCGUUUUAACAACAACAACAAAAAGGAAUAUUUAGCAGUAUUGUUCGUUCUGAUAUGUGAAUUUGUUUGUGGCAACUAAAAAAAAAAGGCAUUCAGCAGUUUCUGACAAUUAACAUUCAUCAUUCCACUCUCCUUGUCAACAAAGUGCUUUUUCACUGCCUAAAAUUUUAGAUGUAGAUAUUUGAAAUAGAUUUUUCAUUUAUACCAGUUUUCUUUAUGAUGAUACAGUGUUAAAAGAAAAUAAAUUACAAUUGAUCUGUCAUCCAUAUUUGCUAAGAAUGUCUAUUUCCAAGCACCUAUCAUAAAAAUACACAUUCUUGCUUGUGUGUGUCCAUGUAUGCAUAAUAUUCUGUGUGUGUGUGUGUGUGUGUGUGUGGUAUAAGAGUUAUUUUCAUCUGCUGUUCUCCUUGUUCAAGCUUAAAUUUUUUUACAGUGGAAACUCCAGUAUGUAUUUUUCCUCAUCCACUAUUGAUAGUGAGUCAAAAUAUUAGGACAGUUCCAAGUGGAGUUAUAGGGUUUUAACCCAUUCCUUCAUUCUUAGAUGCCAUUCCCUUCAAGAGCCCAUCCCUCAAUCUUGUUACCAUGAAGAAAAAUCUCAACCUAGUCUGUAUUGCCAUCCUAGGACCACCCACUAGCAAGUGCUACAGGCAGAAGUAGCAUAAUCUCUUCAUGCUCCUGAGGGAGAGAGAACGUCAAAGCACAACAGGCUAGCACGGUUGGUUCUUAAAUCUGGACAAGGACCCAGCACUGAGAUACUGGCACAGACAUUUUUCUUUUAAUCAUAGCAAAAAUAUUCAUUAGGUAUAAAAAACAUUGACCAUUUCUGUACAUUUAAAAACUCAGAUAAAAAAUGGAACUGAUAAGAGCUAGAAUGAGCUUUUUUUAUUAUUUUUUUCCCCCAAAAUGUGGAGAAAUGAACGGAGAUACUUUUAUCUUCAUUCAUCUACAGCUUGGAAGUAAAAAAAUUUGAAUCCACAAUAUACAGUAUUCAUAUCAUUCAACUAACUGCAAUGCACAGUCUUGACACAACUAGAUCCAAUACAAAUGAAACGUUUGUAAAUUAGUGAAGCUUCAGCACAUAGUUUGGUUUAGGGAUACAAACAUUUCUGUGAUUACUCAUUGUAAUAGUCUCAGCAUUGCCUGAAUUAUACCCCAGAGGCAGGAAAAACUUUCUCAAAUCCUUAUCUGUAUUACAGAGCAAAAAUAGUACAGGUCACUGGGGCAAGUGUUGUGAUGUAGACAUGGUUUAUCAGUAAUCUAGCACUGUAGUUGAAUCUUUCUGACAAAUCUUCCCAGUGUAUGAUAAGCAACCUUAGCUCUUCUUUGUAGUAAACAGGAAAAAUUGCAUGGAAAAAAAAGGAAGGAGGGGCACCGUAGGCCAAAUGUAUAUUGAGGUAGCUACAAAUAUUAUUCAUAAUUUUGGACACAGGCUGUUUAUAUUUUCUUUAUUAAGUGGAUGUUAAAAAGAUAAGUGACAUUUGCAGCACUCUUCUGAACAAAGCACAUUUUCAGUAUAAAGAAAAUUAAAAAAAAAAAAGCAACAUCACUCACAACUUGAAGUUCACCCUGAUUGACUAUGCCCAUCAGAUUCAUGCAUUUCUCCUGUUACAGGCGUGCACAUAGGCCUAAGGGAGCUUGGAGUCUGCAUAAUGCAGAAAGUUGUAAGUUUUGUUUAUACAGAUUCUUUGAGCUAGUAAAAUGCCCAUGUUGUCUCCUCUAGGAUCUCUUAACCAUGAGGCUAAUCAAAAUGCUGACCAUUUGUCAAGUGAGAGAUAUUGGAUUAAAGGCACAAAGUGGCAUGAAACUCUUUCUGUCUAUGUUCCUCCCCUCACCCCCUUUAUUCCAUUCUUCUCCAGUGGCAAGUACUCAGAAUAGGGACUUUCUUUCUUGCUGUAUUGAGUCUUGGGAAGGUGCUGAAUUUCCUGGCUUCUUUCCAGCCCUGGCAAUCCAGUGCCAUCUCCCAGGCCAGGCAGGAGAUGUAAAAUUUUCUCUUUUUAAUAUUGGGGAAAAUAUGACCACCUACUGCUGCUCCCUUCAGCCUUGUAACAGACCACAAAACACAGAGAGCGAGAAAUGUUCCAAAAAUGUAUAAACUGCAUUUGAUGUACUGUAAAAUGUUGGACUUUUUUAAACAAGCUUCUUAUUAGAAUCUUGAUUAGCUGUGUAGAUCUAUAUAAAUCUAAAUGUUUUAUUAAAAUGUUGUUUAUGGUCUGGAA